AUGGAUCCCUUAGCGCUACGCUUACGUCCCGCUGGCCUCAUUCUGUUGUGCUUAUUUCUCAUAUCCUCAUCUUUUCCGUUCGCUCUCCCGCAGCCUCAACGGUGCCGAUCGAUUUUCGUCGUAUACGUUCCGUGUCUAUUGUCAUCGGAGGUAUCGUGUACGGAAGCACACGAUCGCCGAUCGUCGUCAUCCGUGUACUCAGCAUGCGUCAUUGACCAUAUUGAUCUGCGGAACGGGAUGUCAGGAUUCUUUGUAAACUCAUGGAGAUUGUCGAAUAUGUUCGCAAAACGUCGAUGCCAACCAUCCAUUCGAAGUUCAACAUGUGCUAUGCGCGAGUAUAAAAUCGUUGUGCUAGGAAGUGGUGGCGUAGGAAAGUCGGCAUUGACAGUCCAAUUUGUGCAAGGAAUAUUCGUGGAGAAGUAUGAUCCUACCAUUGAAGAUAGCUACAGAAAACAAGUCGAAGUUGAUGGUCAACAGUGCAUGCUUGAAAUCUUAGACACUGCUGGAACGGAACAAUUCACAGCUAUGCGAGAUCUCUAUAUGAAAAAUGGACAAGGCUUCGUGCUUGUCUAUUCAAUCACAGCUCAAUCAACCUUCAACGAUUUGAUGGAUCUCAGGGAUCAAAUACUGCGAGUGAAAGACACCGACGAGGUGCCAAUGAUAUUAGUUGGUAACAAAUGUGAUCUCGAAGAUGAGCGUGUGGUCGGCAAGGAUCAGGGUCAAAAUCUUGCUCGGCAUACGAUCGCAAAUGUACUUCAUCACGCAAAGACUUGUCGUUCUCUUGACGAUGCAUGCUGUAGAUGGGUGCAAGUUAAUCCGACGAAACAUAAUCCCAUAAGGCGUUUCUGGCGUUUGAACGUGACAAUUCAUCAUUUGCGCGACGAAGCGCCAAAAUGUCGAUUUUUGCGUAAGUUAAUCCUCGCGGCCGGCUUAGGUGCUUGCCAGCAGCUUCUACCUCUUGGAAGGUGGGUGUUAUAG